GGAGGGGGUCGGCGCGGUGGGUCACGUGACCAGGCAACAGUCAACACAGACCCGGCGGCCCGGGUCACCCGCGUCUCCCUGCCCUCACCACUCAUGGCCGCCCUCUACCACCACCACCACCACAGGAUACUCGCCCUCCUCGCCUCUGUGGCUGACACAGCAUCCUCUCCCUCCAGGAAUGAUGAUAAAACAAAUCCAAACUGUAAUAUUACAAGCUCAUCCAAGACUCAGCCUCAGAAUUACGAGGCAUUCUGUAGCCGUGUGGAAUCCUUUCAACCAGGACUAUGGAAUGUGUUAGAAGUGAGCCCACUUGAAUGUGCCAGAUGGGGUUGGCACAUAAUAGAGAAGGACAUCCUUCAGUGUGUCACUUGCCGAGAAGUUGUGUGCGCUGCCCUACCUAACCCUGUUGACCAGGAUGCACGCAAAACGUUUUUAAAUUUACUAAGAAGUCGUCUUUUAAAAAGUCAUAAGGAAGCCUGUGGAUGGAUUCAUGAUCCCAGUCCAGAGGAGCUGACCCAACCUCCUUGUGUUACUACUGUUGAAGAGCUACACAACUUGACAAACUCUGCAGUCAGUUUGGCUGCUUUUAACUCAGCCUUGCCACAUAUUGAUCAAAGCACACUAAUGAAGACAUUGAAAUUGGAUGACGAUUUUAUUAAGGGAGUGUUUACAUGCAGCACUGCAGAUGAAGAAGUGAAGAUAUCGUCGGUUGUUCUUGUACUGUCUGGAUGGUCUCAUGGGGAAGGAGCCUACCUCAGGUGCAGAGUUUGCAGACGGUCAGUCGGGCUUUGGAGCUUCUUUACCAGAGCUGAUGAAGUGAAAAAUGUCGAAAAUGCAGUAUCAGAGGUGACUGAACCAGGUCAAAAAACUCUAAAGUUACCUAGCAAAGAAAAUGAAGUUGGAGAAGAAAAGAGUGGCAUUGACACAAAAGCUACCGAUGAUGAUAGACCCUCAUCAAAGUGGUUUAAACGCUUGAGAGGAAAGCGUGUUAUUGAACAGGGAAAUGAAGAGACUCUAAAUAAACAAAAUAUUAGUGAGCAUAAUACACGAAAAAAAAAAAAGCCGAGAACCAAGAAAUAUGACAGCAAUGGAGUAAAUGAAGCACACGAUACUAAAGAUGAAUUUCCUCCGUUAAUUACUGGAUCACCAUCACCACACAUAAAAGAGAGUGAGAAGAAGCGGUAUUUCCAUCCUCUAGAAGAACACCGUCAUUGGUGUCCGUGGGUGUUGAAGAUCCAAGGAGAAGAAAGUGGGCAAAAUGAAAAAUAUGGAUAUGAAUUGGUUAUUGAGCAGACAAGAGCCGUAAUAAAUUUAUCAAACAGAAAAGAUUUAAGCUCAUCUGACAAAUAUGCAAAAAAUGUGGAUGGCUUGCGAUCAAUUCGCAAAAUGUUGAAUAGCUUGUCAUCGGAAUACUAGUGUUGAAGUAGACUUUGCUUUACUACAGAUUUGCCUAAGUAUUUUGUUUGGAGUAAUUUUAUAAAAUAAAAGGUAAGAUUG